AUGUUUCGAAGUUUAUAUAAGACCGUUGCUCGCCCUGUCACAUUGUUCAAACCAUUCAAUACUCCAAUUCCACAUCAAAUCCCAAUUGCAAAGCCACGACUCCUUCUUCCAACCAUACAAACAAAAUAUUUCGCAUCUAUCAAAAUGGCAGACACCAAGACUUUCAUCGAGGCCGUCAAGGACCGUCGUAGCUACUACGACUUGAAGCCCGAAUCUCCAAUUCCAGAUUCCCGUAUCGAAGAGAUCGUCAAGACCGCUAUUGAGGUUCUUCCAUCUUCUUUCAACUCCCAAUCUGCUAGAUUGGUCCUUCUUUACGGUGAUCACCAUAAGAAGCUUUGGGAUAUCACCAGGGAUGGCUUGUUUGCGUUUAUCCCUGAAGAACAGAAGGAGUCAAGCGGGGCCAGGAUUUCUGGCUUUAAGAAUGCCUAUGCUACUAUUCUCUUCUUCGAAGAUUCUGCCCCAAUCAAGGAGCUCCAGGCCGCUUUCGCUCCAUAUGCCGACAAGUUCCCACAAUGGUCGGAGCAUACCUCUGCUAUCCACCAGUUUUUCUUGUGGACUGCUCUAGAGGCCGAGGGUUUCGGAGCCAACCUCCAACAUUACAGCCCAAUUAUCGACGACAAGGUCAAGGAGGAAUGGGGCGUCGACAAGGACUACAGACUCAUCGCUCAGCUCGUCUUCGGAACACCAAACUCUCCACCUGGAGAUAGACCAAAGCUUGUCACCCUCAAGCCUCUCGAGGAGACUUUCAGAAUCUUCAAGUAA